AUGAAUAGAGUAUUUUUACGUUUUAUUCAUGUGAGAAACACGUCUAGGUUUGUUAUCCCAAAGUCAUACAAUCCAAAUAGAUCCCUACUCAAGCAACUACCAUGGAAUAUAGGAUUCGAAGUGUGGUGGAAAUCCUUAUCACCUACCAGACUUGAAACUCUUCAAAAAGAAUUAGUAGAACUCAUGAUAUCACCUAAUCUCGAAGAAAAUGCAGGUAUCACUACAGAGUAUAAGAAAGUCCAUCUUGAUGAAGAGGGAAAUUACAUCAAUGAAGUGGGGUUCAAAAUCAUCAACGAUGAAUCAAAACCCACAAAACAUAUUGUUUUCAUUCACGGCUAUGGAGCUUCUCUAGGAUGUUUUGCCAGAAACUUUCAACUCAUUAAUAAGUUCAAAGGAGAUGAGAAUUUCAAUUAUCAUGUACAUUUUUUGGAUAACAUUACGUUUGGUUUAUCGUCCAACCCGAAGGUUUCGAACGAGACAGUACAAUACUGGAGAAUACCACCCGUGGCUAAGAUUGAGUUGAUAGAUAAUGAACCAACAGAUUCAAAGAAAUUGUACCGCAAAUACUAUAAGUUGAUUGAAGGAUACAGAUUGGACCCCGAGAACUUUGAACAGUAUCGGUCUUAUUUUGCUCCCAUUCUUAAGGAUCUCGAAGAAUUCUACUGUUCUGCAAUAGACAACUGGAGAAAAAAUCAAGGGAUUGAAAAGAUUGAUUGGUUGGUGGGCCAUUCUUAUGGAGGAUAUUGGUCAUCGUCAUAUGCAUUGAGAAAUCCAGAUAAGAUAUCGAGUUUGAUUUUGCUAUCUCCAGUAGGGGUUGAAAGAAAUGUUCAUGCAGUGACAAACACGAAUGUUAUUACCAAUGAGAUUCAAAAACCCAGCUUGGAUCCAACCAGCUACAACUUUUUGUCACGAUUACCUAUUCUUUCUAAACAACAGAUUCUCUACUGGUACUAUAGAUUACCAUUUCUACCAAGAAUACUUCCAUAUUUGGGUCCUUGGGGUGCUCAAUUGUAUUUCAAGAUGUGGAUGUCGAAAUUAUAUAAAAUUAACAAAUUAGUUGCCAAACAUGGAGGGCCAGAGAAAAUCUUCAAUAACCAUAAUGACUUGGUGUAUGGUAGCAAGAAAGAGCUCCGUUUGAUCAUUGAGUAUUUAUAUAAUGCCAUCACCAAUGGUUCGAAUAGUGAUAUUUACACCAGAUAUGUUUUGACUACUGCGACGGUGAGUAAAUGGCCGAUUUAUGACAAGUUUGUCAAAGCUUUAGAUGAAAGACCCAAUGACUUAAACUUUGAUUUUCAUAUCAUGUAUGGCCAGUUUGACUUUAUGAAUUCCGAAGCAGGAGAGAAAUUGGUAGAGUUAUUAAAGAGCAAGAAGAAGCAAGCGUGUUAUUAUGAAAUUAGUGAAGGUGGACAUAAUCUAUACAUUGACAAUCCGUUUGAUACGAACCAAAGAAUCUUUGAAAUUGUCAAAGGUGACCAUCAGUAG